AUGCAGGGAUUAGUGGUUCUUUUGGUUAGCUUGGCUGUGGGUUUCGCCCAUGCGGGCACAAUUGGCAUUUCCAAUGCCGAUCCCUUCCAGCGUGAGGGUCGCAUUGUGGGCGGUCAAGACACCACGAUUCGAGCUCAUCCCUACCAAGUUUCCCUGCAGACGAAGAGUGGAUCGCACUUCUGCGGUGGCAGUUUGCUCAACGGUGACACUAUAGUCACGGCUGCCCAUUGCCUUGUGGGCAGGAAGGCGGCCAAAGUGUUUGUUCGCUUGGGUUCCACGUUCUACAACGAGGGCGGCAUUGUGGUAGCCGUCCGGGAUCUAGCCUACAAUGCGGAUUACAACUCCGAGACCAUGGAGUACGACGUGGGAAUACUGAAGUUGGCCGAGAAGGUCGAGGAAACCGAGGAUAUUCGUUAUGUGGCUCUGGCCGAGAAGACUCCGCCCACUGGAACCACCGCUGUGGUCACCGGUUGGGGUGCCAAGUGCUAUUUCUGGUGCAUGACCCUGCCCAAGACGCUCCAGGAGGAAGUCGAUAUUGUGGACUGGGAGACGUGCAAAUCGGAGGAAUACAAAUAUGGAGAGAUCAUCUACGAGUCCAUGGUGUGUGCCUAUGAGAAGAAGAAGGACGCCUGCCAGGGUGACUCCGGUGGUCCUCUUGUGGUCGCUGGCACCCUGGUGGGUAUCGUGUCCUGGGGAUAUGCCUGCGCCUCGGAAGGACUUCCCGGUGUCUACUCAGAUGUGGCCUUUUUGCGAGAUUGGAUCCUGGAAACGAGCAAAGCUUUGUAGAUUUUUGUAAUAAAUUUAAUGAACGAGCAUUAGGUUGGCAAAA